AAUGCUAAAACUAAACUACCAACCAAACAAAGUCGUUAGCUUCGUCUUCGCUGCUUAUGAAACGUGCUCCUCUCCCAAUUUGCCGUCUCUCUCCUCUCUCUCUCUCUCUCUCUCUCUCUCUCGUGCAGAUUCAUCCAGCAAAGAUUUGUCAGAUUCUGACCGUUUUUAGCCGCAAAACCAAAACUAUUCCCGGCAACCAUUGUACUUCAUCGAUCAGAAUCGCAGCCAUGAAUUCGGAGUAUGACUAUCUCUUCAAGCUUUUACUCAUUGGAGAUUCCGGUGUUGGCAAAUCGUGUCUUCUUCUGAGAUUUUCUGAUGAUUCGUACUUGGAGAGUUACAUAAGCACCAUUGGAGUUGAUUUUAAAAUACGCACUGUGGAGCAAGAUGGGAAGACUAUCAAACUUCAAAUUUGGGACACUGCAGGGCAAGAACGUUUUAGGACUAUUACUAGCAGCUACUACCGUGGAGCGCAUGGCAUUAUAGUGGUUUAUGAUGUCACAGACCAAGAGAGCUUCAAUAAUGUCAAACAAUGGCUGAAUGAGAUUGACCGCUAUGCAAGCGACGGUGUCAACAAACUUCUUGUGGGGAACAAGUGUGAUCUCACCGCAAAUAAAGUUGUCUCUUAUGAAACGGCCAAGGCAUUUGCUGAUGAAAUUGGUAUUCCAUUCAUGGAGACUAGUGCAAAAGAUUCUACUAAUGUGGAGCAGGCUUUUAUGGCUAUGGCGGCUGCAAUAAAAGAGAGGAUGGCGAGCCAACCAGCCAUGAACAAUGUCAAACCUCCGGGAGUGAAUAUACGUGGACAGCCAGUUGCACAGAACAGUGGCUGCUGCUCUUCUUAAGUGGAAGUAAGUGGUAGUUCUUUCUCUACUGCCUCAGGUGACGUCAGCUCCUGUGUAGCAUGUAAAUGUACCGUCUUCACCAUCUUUGGUUGGAAGCCUACGCCAACUCCAACUCCAACUAUCUUUAUUUAGAUUUGCUUUUCUUACUGCUUUCAAAACCUGUAAUCAUCAUAUUCUUCUACGUAUAGAAUGGAAGCAUGUUUAAAAGAAGCUUCUUCAUUAAUGUUAGGAUUGUUCGUUCUACUUUAUAUUCUCUACAAAUUCUGCUUCUGGCAUUAAAUUUACGGGAAGUUGCAAUCGUUUAGUUAA